GAAUGAGAUUCAAGAGCUGUCCUGCUGCUGGGCCCUGCACAGACAGAGACAAGCUCCGACUCAGGGAUGGAGGCACUGAGUGCUCAGGACGAGUGGAGGUUUGGCACAAUGGCUCCUGGGGCACAGUGUGUGAUGACUCCUGGAGCCUGGCAGAGGCCGAGGUGGUGUGUCAGCAGCUGGGCUGUGGCUCUGCCCUGGAAGCCCUGCAGGAGGCGGCAUUUGGCCCAGGAAGUGGGCACAUCUGGCUGGAUGAGGUGCAGUGCAGAGGCAGGGAGUCCUCCCUUUGGGCCUGUGCUGCACAGCCCUGGGGGCAGAACGACUGCAAGCACGAGGAGGAUGCUGGAGUGAGGUGCUCUGGUAAAAGAACAACAUUGCCAACGACUACAGCAGGGACCAGAUCUGUCCCAAGGCCUGUCCCUGGCAUCUUCUCCCUGCCUGGGAUCCUUUGCCUCAUCCUGGGGGCCCUUCUCUUCCUGGUCCUCAUCAUCCUGGUGAUUCAGCUGCACAGAUGGAGAGUAGAACACAGAGCCUUAUCCAGCUUUGAAGAUGCUCUUGACCAGGCUGUGUAUGAGGAGAUUGACUAUCUUGUAACACCGAAGAAAGAGGAUCUACUGAGCAGCUCAGAAGCCUCAGCUGAGAGGACUGAUGCCUUUGCCGAGGGUUACGAUGAUGCAGAAGAGCUACCAGUGCCCAAGGCUCCUUCUUCCUCUCAGAUGGGUGAGCAGGAAGUGCUCCCAGAGGAGAAUGGAGUGAGAGCUUUUCAGACAGGCAUCUCUCUCCAGUCUCCUAGUGAAGCUGUCAACACUAGCAUGGAAGAGAAAAGAUUCUCUUUGGUCCUGAGACAAGAAGACCCUGGGUAUGAUGAUGUUGAGCUUAGCACCAUGUAGCACCAUUCUGGAAGCAAGCAGCUCUUUGAAGAAUCUUCUGUAACAUUGUUUUUCAAUAAAUGAGGGUCCUGUCUUCUUUC